AUGUCGGUCGUGGGUUUUGAUGUAGGCAAUCUUCAAGCCGUUAUUUCCGUCGCUAGAAACCGCGGUAUCGACGUUAUCUGCAAUGAAGUCUCCAACCGCGCUACACCUUCUUUGGUCUCGUUUGGUUUCAAGCAGAGAUUCAUUGGUGAAGGUGCCAAGACUCAGGAAAUCUCCAACUUCAAGAACACCGUUUGCAGCUUGAAGCGUCUUGCCGGCCGUACUUUGAACGAUCCCGAAAUCCAGGAAGUCGAAUCCAAGUACGUCAUGUCCGAACUCGUUGAAGUUGACGGUCAGGUUGGCGCCAAGGUUCAAUAUCUUGGUGAAGCCCAAGCUUUCUCGAACGUUCAGUUGAUUGCCAUGUACCUCAGCAAAUUGAAGGAUACCACUUCGGCCGAAAUCAAGGGUCCUGUCUCUGACUGUGUCAUCACUGUUCCCGGUUGGUUCAGCGAAGUUCAGCGUCGCGCUAUUUUGGAUGCCGCCGAGAUUGUUGGCUUGAACUGCUUGCGUCUCGUCAACGAUUUGACCGCCGCUGCUUUGGGUUACGGUAUCACCAAGCUUGAUUUGCCCGAGGACAAGCCCAAGAACGUCGUCUUUGUCGAUAUUGGUCACUCCAGCUACUCCACCUCCGUGGUCUCUUUCGUCAAGGGUCAGUUGACCGUUCGCGGUACCGCUUACGAUCAGCACUUUGGUGGUCGCGAAUUCGACCAAGUCAUCGUCGAAAAGUUGGCUGCCGAAUUCAAGGAAAAGUACAAGAUUGACGUCUACACCAACAAGAAGGCCUUGUUGCGUCUUCGUGUUGCCGCUGAACGAUGCAAGAAGGUCUUGUCCGCCAACCCUCAGGCCGCUGUCAACAUCGAAUCCAUCAUGGAAGAUCGCGACGUUUCCACCAUCGUCAACCGUAGCGACUUUGAAGAAUGGGCCGCUCACUUGUUCACUCGCACCGAAGAUACUUUGCAAAAGGUCCUCGAGAACGCCGGUCUCAAGAUCGAAGACAUCGAUGCCGUGGAAAUGGUCGGUGGUACCACCCGUAUCCCCGCCAUCAAGACCACCAUCUCCAAGUACUUCAACAAGGAAAUUUCCACCACCCUCAACCAGGACGAAGCCGUCUCCCGUGGUGCGGCCCUCCAGUGUGCCAUGCUUUCGCCCGUCUUCAAGGUCCGUGACUUCCGUGUCCACGAUAUCUGCAGCUACCCCAUCAAACUCCAGUGGGCCGCUACCCCCGAGGAGGAGGAAACCGAAAUUGUCGUGUUUGACCGCAACAACUCCAUUCCUUCCACCAAGAUUUUGACUUUCCAUCGCAGCGAACCUUUCACCCUUGAAGCUUUUUACGCUCAUCCCGAGGAAUUGCCCCGUGGUAUCAAGCCCUGGAUCGGUCAGUUCAACAUCAAGAACGUCGCUCCUGUCAACGGCAAGCCCGCCGAAAUCAAGGUCAAGGUCAGACUCAACAUUCACGGUAUUUUGUCCGUCGAAUCCGCCUACACCGUGGAAGAGAAGACUGUCGAAGAAGAAAUCACCAACAAGGACGGUGAGAAGGAGACAAAGAAGGUCAAGAAGUUGGUCAAGACCGGUGAACUCCCCGUUGUUUCCCACUCGACUUCCCUUUCUCGCGAAAUCUUGAACAAGUACACCGAACAGGAAAGCCAGAUGGCGGCCAACGACAAGUUGAUUGUCGCUACCGAAGCGGCGAGAAACUCUCUUGAAGAAUACGGUUACGAAAUGCGUGACAAGAUCAUGGGUCCUCUUUCCGAAUACAUUGAUCCUUCCAUCAAGGACAAGUUUGCCGAAGACUUGAACGCCGUUGUUGACUGGAUCUACGAUGAAGGUGAGGAUGCUACCAAGUCCGUGUACGUUGAAAAGCUCGAUGCUCUCAAGAAGAUCGGUUCUCCCGUGGUUGAACGUUACCGUGACGCCGAGGAACGUCCUCGUGCCGAACGUUCGCUCCGUGCCACUUUGCAACGCUUGCAAGAUGAAGCCAUGAGCUCCGACGACAAGUACUCUCACAUCCCUGCCGCCGAGAAGCAGGACAUUGUCGACCGUGUCGACCGUGCUCGCCGAUGGUUGGAGGAACAGCUCGCAAAACAAGCCAAGCAGGCUAAGCAUGAAACCCCUGUCUUGUUCUCUCGCGACAUUGCUAAGGAAGAAGAAGCCGUCAUUUUCUUUGCUAACCCUAUUUUGAACAAACCCAAGCCGGCUCCCAAGCCUGAGGAAACCGCUCCCAAGGCCGAAGAACCUGCCGCUGCCGGUGACGACACCCCCAUGGACGAACCUGAAGCCAAGAAGGACGAUAUGGACAUUGAUUAA